AUGACUCCAAAAAGAGUUCUGGUGAUAGCGGGGUCCGACAGCUCGGGUGGCGCUGGUCUCGAGGCAGACCAGCGGGUGCUUGCUGCACAUGGCUGUUAUGCGCUCACGGCGACGACGGGCUUGACUGCCCAAAACACCUUGGGUGUGCAGGACAUUCAUGUGGUCCCGCCGGCCUUCGUGAGGAAACAGAUCAAAGCUGCCCUGGAAGAUAUUGGGGCGGAUGUGGUUAAGCUUGAGACAGUAGACGUUAUUGCGGAUGCAUUUGCUGACCAUGGAGUCUCAACUGUUGUAUUGGAUCCGGUAUCUUCCCUAUCUUUUCAUUUACUGGAUGUAUUUGUCGUUUUCCUAACAGCUCUCCAAAAUAAGGUCAUGGUGUCUACUAGCGGAUCGCGACUGCUGCCGCAAGAUGCUGUCGAGGGUCUCCGGACAAGGCUGCUCCCUCUGACCACUGUGCUGACACCCAAUAUUCCCGAGGCAAAGCUACUGCUUGAGAAUGCAGGUGUUGAAUUCAAGGACCCCCAAAAUGUCGAAGAUAUGAUUUCACUUGCAAAGCAGGUCCAUGAUCUGGGUCCUGAGAGUGUCCUACUCAAAGGCGGCCAUUUACCGUUGACGAGAGACCGCAAAACGGCUCGGAGCGCCGAAGAGGCGCAGAUUGUCAUUGAUGUGCUCUAUGACGGGGAGAAAGUGACGCUUUUUGAGACGGAUUUCUUGACAUCCAAGAACACCCACGGCACCGGAUGCUCGCUUGCAUCGGCUAUCGCAGCCAAUCUGGCAUCGGGGAAAGAUCUCGAACGAGCGGUACGUGCCGCAGUCAGGUUUGUUGAAGCCGGAAUCAAGACAAGCGUCAAUAUGGGACAAGGAAGCGGUCCGAUUAAUCACUUCCAUUCCAUGUACUCGCUUCCUUUCGCUCCUGGGCGAUUUUUGGAAUAUGUUCUCGACCGUCCUGACGUCAAGUCGGUAUGGAAGGCCUUCACCGAGCAUGAAUUCGUGACUGGUAUAGGAAACGGGACGCUGCCUGUAGAAAGAUUCAAAGAUUAUCUCGUCCAGGACUAUCUUUAUCUCGUUCAUUUUGCACGGAGCAACGCCCUAGCUGCAUACAAGGCUCGAACCAUGGACUCUAUAGCUGCCGUAAGAAUCAGGCCCCUUCUCGACAACUACUUUGGACUGGUGCUGACAUGUCGCAUUGAUAGUCUGCCAAUAUUGUCCUACACAUUAACAGAGAGAUGGCUCUGCACAUCAAUUACUGCAAAUCAUUCGGCUUGUCGAAGGAGGAAAUGGAAAGGACUCCUGAGAAACAAGGUGGCCCUCGCUCCUUGUCUGAUUGGAUAUGGCGCUAUCGCAAGGAGACUCUACGAUGACAAAGACAGUGUGAGGGAUGGCAACAAGUUCUGGAAAUGGGUGGAGAACUACGUCGCAGAGGACUACACCGAAGCAGUCAGGAUUGGAACAGCUCGAGCGACUCCAGUUCAUGAGCUCGCUGACUCGGUUUUAGCGCUCUUGGAAGAACACAUGAGAAGAGUCUCGCCCAGCCGCCUGGAAGAUCUCGUCCGGAUAUUCAUCCGCGCAACCGAACUGGAGAUCGGGUUCUGGGACAUGGGCCUGAGUGGCAAAUAA